AUGUCUCUCCCCACCGAAAUCCACCUCCUCAUCUCCCGCCACCUGACCUACCCGGACGCCCUCUCCCUCAAACACGCCAACCGGCACUUCUACCGAAUCGUCGACACGGGCGUGAGCCUCAAGGUAGCCUGGCUAAUGGAACGCCGCCUCCUCCACCUCGAGUGCCCCAACGACCGCUGCUGCGACCUGGGCAGCGACCUCAAGUUCUGCCGCGGCAGCGUGCCCCUCCUCAUGCGCCGCCGCCGCGAGCACUUCGAGUGCGAAUCCCGCCCCGGCCUCGGCUGCCUCGUCCUCGGCACUGCCUCCUGCGAGCAUAUUUUCUCUGGCUGGGAAUUGUGGCGUGUACUGCUUGUGGCUCUCUUUAUCCCGAUUGUCCUGGCAUGUGUGUUUUUUUCGCUGUCGUGGCUUUUGUAG